AUGAGGGAUCCACACACUCAGCGCUCCAGAGGCUUCGGGUGUGUCACCUGUGCCACCGUGGAGGAGGCGGACGCGGCCAUGAGUGCACGGCCACACGAGGGGGAUGGAAGAGUUGUGGAACCAAAGAGGGCCGUUUCAAGAGAAGAUUCUCAAAGACCUGGUGCCCACGUACCUGUGAAAAAGAUUUUUGUUGGUGGCAUUAAAGAAGACACUGAGGAACGUCACCUAGCAGACUAUUUUGAACAGUAUGGGAAAAUCGAAGUGAUGGAAAUCAUGCCUGACCGAGGCUGUGGCAAAAAGAGAGGCUUUGCUAUUCUAAACUUUGAUGGUCAAAGGUUAGACUCUGUAGACUCUGUAGACAAGACUGUCAUUCAGAAACACCACACUGUGACUGGCCACAACUGUGCAGGAUGGAAAGCCCUGUCUAAGCAAGAGCUGGCUAGUGCUUCCUCCAGACAAAGAGGUCGAAUUGGUUCUGGAAACUUUGGUGGUGGUCGUGGAGGUGGUUUUGGUGGGAAUGACAACUUUGGUCAUGGAGGAAACGUCAGUGGUCGAGGUGGCUUUGGUGGCAGCCACAGUGGUGCUGGAUAUGGUGGCCAUGGGGAUGGCUAUCAUGGGUUUGGUAAUGAUGGAAGCAAUUCUGGAGGUGGUGGAAGCUACAAUGAUUUUGGCAAUUACAACAAUCAAUCUUCAAAUUUUGGACCCAUGAGAGGAGGAAACUUUGGAGGCAGAAGUUCUGGCCCCUAUGGUGGUGGAGGCCAAUACUUUGCCAAACCACGAAACCAAGGUGGCUAUGGUGGUUCCAGCAGCAGCAGUAGCUAUGGCAGUGGCAGAAGGUUUUAAUUACUGCCAGGAAACAAAGCUUAGCAGGAGAGGAGAGCCAGAGAAGUGACAGGGAAGCUACAGGUUACAACAGAUUUGUGAACUCAGCCAAGCACAGUGG